AUGAUUGCACUUUUCGAUAAUUAUCAACCGGAUUUGAGACAAGAAGAGCGAGAUACGGAUGAGGUACUGAAGACGCGUAAAAAUUUCGAUCUCGUGCAAGCAUACCUGGCUUCUGCUAUGAAAAUCCAUAGAUCUGUGUUUUGGAAAAAGGAUGAUGAAAGUCCUGAGAUGACCGAAAUACUGGAGGAAUUAAGCAGAACGCAAGAUGAGGCUUGGGCUGAACUUGAUCAACUUAUGGUUAAGAAUGCAUCCGUCAUACAGUGGGCGAAAAACGCAUUGUUA